CNACUGCCUGCUAAAGAUGACAAGCCUAAAAAUGGAGAAAUAGCUGGGGCCAAAGUGUGGAAUUUAAAAAGCAGGAAGGCGUACGGGAUCUCCCUGUCAUUGUAUGACCAGAACCCUGUCAGCGGGAAAAUGUCAGGAGACCCAAUAGCAGAUGCCUUUGCUCUGUGUGCCCGCAGAAACAACGCCAUCCUGAUUGUUGCUGAUGGCGUCAACUGGGGAGAGAAAUCUCGUAUGGCGGCACGUGCUGCCAUCUAUGGUGCCAUGAAGUUCCUUAACCAGAAAUUGUUUGCUGAGAAGCGGACACUGGAAACAACUCAGGAUGCUAUAAAAUUACUUCGCCAGUCACUGGACAUUGCCCAUGAGACCAUAAUGCUGAAGGAAGGUGGUUUGACUACAUUGUGUGUGGCUCUGGUCUGUCCACUUCAGGACACCAACCAGUACACGAUCUGUGUUGUCAAUGUUGGAGAUAGCUUUGCCUUUAUUAUGAGCAAACGCUGGGGGUUACGGGAAAUCACUGUCGGAUCUCACGACAUCCAAUCAGAGCGUGAUCUCAGAGACGCGGGCGGGGCAUUGGGUCCCGUAGAUGGGAAGAACCCAGAGCUUAACAACCUGACCUGCUCCAUGACCUUUGUUGACCCUGGAGAUGUGGUGUUCCUGACAACAGACGGAAUCUCAGACAACUUUGACCCGGUUGUGACUAAAAUAGCUCAGGCAGCAAUUUCUCCCACUGUAGCGAGCCCCUCAGAGAAAAAUGACUCAAAUAUUGCUGAAACGGGAAACAAAGAGAUUUGUAACUCAAAACCUGCUGUAGAUCCAACAAAACCAGAAAUGUAUCCCCACGAGAGGCAUCACUAUUCUGUGAAGGAAAUGGAGAGGACAAUUCACGAGUACGAACUGCUCACGGAGGCACCAUGCUCUGCACAGGAAUUGUGUGGAGCAAUCGUACAGCACGUGUGCGUGCUCACAGACCCCAAACGUAAGGUGCUGGAGGAUCCCACGUUAUUCAUCAAAAGGAAAAUGAAAGCAAAAGACAAGAAGAAAAGAGAUGCAGAAAUUGUUGCCAAAAUGGCGCGGGCUCCAGGCAAGCUGGACCAUGCCAGUAUAGUGGCGUAUGAAGUGGGUGUGUACAGGGGGGAGGACGAGGAAAACACGGACUAUGGGGGUGUGGCAACCAGUCAGGGAAGCAAUAGGGGGGACACACUGGAAGAACCCCCUCCAAGUCCGAGACUUUACGAAUCUACAGUGUAAAUCAUCUUAGUACUUUGAAAUUUAUGUUAUGUGUAUAUGUGUAUAAUUCUUUUUAUAUACUGAAGCUGUCACUUCGUGUAACUUAACGUAUUUAAUCUAAUAGUGGAAGAUAUGAUAUUUUCUUGUUGUAAUCGGUAGACCAGUUUCUUGCCCGGUAACUGUUAGUCUUGUCAGUCAAAGUGUCACCAAGGAGACCCCAAUGGCCGCAGCAACUACACACUGAAUUUCAACUAAAAUUGAUUUAUUCUAUUUUUCCAAGUUCCAUUAGUUUGUGUAUGAAAUCUUGACAUAAUUAUUUUGGAUUUGCAUCUAAAAGUUGGUCUUAUUAUUAAGUGAACUAAAAUGCCCGAAGACACAAAGUACUAGAAGUGAAGUGUCUGAAACCUGUGGGUAAAUGCUGCAACUUUGACUUAUUGUAUGCAUUCAGUGAAAUGGUCUGAAAAGAUCUCAAGAGAUAGAAAGUCUCAUCUCUGGCCAAUUUCCAAACAC